UGCAGCACAUGAUUUAGCGAUGGAACGAGACGAAAACUCAUUCAGAAACUGCUGAAGAAUCCGUGACGCGUUUCAUUGCCUGAUCAGCCGCAAGCUGCUGGAAACGACCAUGUCGGCGCGCAUCAAUAAAGCAACGGGAUAUUAGUGGAGGGACGAUCAUUAACGAUUCCUCCGACACCAGACAUUUUGGUUUUCCGUUUCUUUCACUGUAUGGAUUUGUGAUGGUAGAGAUCAUGGACUGACGCUCUUUUCCGCGGCAUUAGGAGACCACACACACACACACACACGGUGGUGUGUUGGUGCUCCUUGUGCAGUGAAUGUGUUGUUGGUGCGGGGAGGAUUGUUGCACGUUUCCCCCUCACUGGAGAAGCGGACAGAGACGGGCCAAGAGGGACACGACGGGAACAGUUUACCGCUGGAGGGUUUAAUAACCCGGGCUUUGUCAUUCACGAAGUGGAUUUAAUGGUUUUACUUUGAGCGGACAUCGAUCGUGCACCGCAGCAUUUCACGUUCGCUUUCUUCCUGCAGUGAGUGAUACAAGAGGCAUCAGUGCCGAUAAGCGCGCUCAUUACACUACACUACUGCAUUUUGGGGGGCAAAGAUAGACUGCGGAUACUUGCUAUAUAUGGCUGUGUAGCUUCCAUGGAGGAGGGCCAAUCCCCUCAUUUCGUUGUAUUUUUUCUCACAAUGCGUUUUCUCGGAAUGCACUUGGGAAUUUUUUAGCCCAGAGUCAUCUAUCUGCCGUCUCCUCUCCAAUUGCAAAAUUAUCGGGAGGGGAAAAACAACCCAACAGCGCAUCCCCGAUGGCAUGGACACUUCCGCAGGGUCUGCCGCGCCGCCGUGCUACCGGAGCCCGUUCGCAGCCCGCCCGAGCCCGCGCCGAGCCAAAGCAGGCGGCAUGAGGCUCGAGCCGGUGCCCUUCUCCAUGCUGGUCAUCGGGGUCGCGUUCGCGUGCCACUCCCCGAGCCCGAGCUCGCUGCGGGAGCGCGCCCACCACUCCGCCGUGGUGAUCGAGGGCCGUGUGCAGUCGGCGCCCCACAACGCUUCGGGUGCCGAGCCUUACCGGGUGGACGUCAAGGUGCUGGACGUGUGGCCGCGGCACAGCGGCGGCCUGGAGCGCGAGCAGCUCGUUACCGUGCGCGAGCUGGGCCCGACGAGCGGGCCGUGCGCGCGCGUGCUCAAUGACCACCGGUACAUCUUCUUCAUGGACCCCACCGACGAGCCCUUGGUGUUCAGGGCGUCGUACGCACCCCUUGAAGCCAGCGGCAAGGAUCUGAAAAAAGACGUUGGGAAGAUCUUGUGCGAGGACUGCGUGGUCUCAUCUGCCCAGAUGGUGGGCCGGGUCCUCUGCAGAAAGGAUUUCUGGGCCAUGCGCUCUCUGCUCUAUCUGUGUAGCCUUUAGGCCUGGACAAUUACAGUGGACUUCCUGGUUUUCGCUGUCCAGGGUGCUACAUCUGACCGCACUUUCCUUCUCUUAACGGCUGAUUGACAGGAGUACACAAUCCUAAUGAUUCAAACUAAAGAGGCAAAUGUGGUGUGUUAAAAUAUUAAAUAAUUUUGGAAAUAUUCCAAGACACAUUGUGU